GGAUAAACGGCGCACACAAUUCUUCAGCAAGCAAAUGGACUUGAUACCGCUUAUCACGGAUUGAAUCAGACUUCUGAAAGUGAGAGCUUUUUGACGUGUUUUUUUUUGUCUUAAAAUAUAUGCCACAAUUGGAGACGCUAUCUAAACGGAUCAUAUUUGAACUUGACACAUAAUGGGACAAGCAAGCACCGAUCUUGCAUUCUACAUGGAGGGAUUGUGAGCUAAACAGGUUGCCCGGUGCCACUGUUAAGUGCAUCUUACAUGGAAGAUACGGGAGAUGCGGAAUGACUUUACGGGACCGUUUGUUCUAAGGACCACUCCGUGCCCCACUGAUCACCUGGGAGCGUUCGUUAUGAAGCUUCAUUGACUACCGCAGUUUACUAGGUUAUGUGUAGACAGAGCAUUGCUCUUCAUGGAAGUUUAAUGACAAAACGGACUGUGAAUUACAAAAAAAUAUAAUUUCACCCCUCGCAGUUUUACUCUGAACUGCGACUGUUUGGGUUGUCAAUGGAACCAAACAUUUAUCGUGUCUGAUUUGGACGCAUCUAACGUAUCGACCGUAGGAUAUAUUUAUACUGGAAUUAUCUUGAAUUUUCCUAUUGAACAACCAAUAUAGGGAUUGUACUGGAGAAGGCUGGGUUCAACUGCAGCCUGUGAAAACGGCAGACUCAUUCGGGUACCCUCACGCGCUAAAAGGGAUUUCUUUUGGAUACGGGCUGUGAGCGGAGUCUUCUCUCCCUUGUAUGCAAGAUUUCAUGAAUCCCUCAUUGUAACGAAGCUACACGGGGGAAAAGUGUUUCAAUCUUGGAGGUUAAAAGCAACGUUGUCCACUUACCAUGGAUCUAAAGGAUUUUUACCUGUUGGCUGCUCUUGUUGCCUGCUUCUGGCUAGACCCUGCGAUAGCCCAAGAACUGAUCUAUCCCAUCAGGGAGGAGUUGCAGGAGAACGUCCUCAUUGGAAACAUACCAAAGGACUUGAACAUCUCCCAUACAAAUGCUGCCACUGGAGCGAGUGCUAAUCUGGUGUACAGGCUAGUGUCGAAAGCCGGGGACAACCCUCUCCUCAGAGUUCUCAGCAGCACGGGCGAAAUCUUCACCACCUCCAACCGUAUCGACAGGGAGAGGCUGUGCCCGGGCCCCUCCUUCGAGGAGAGCGAGUGCUCCUUUGAGAUCGAGGUGGUCAUCCUACCCAACGACUACUUCCGGCUGAUCAAAAUCAAGAUCGUCGUCAAGGACACCAACGACAACGCGCCCAUGUUCCCCUCCCCCGUCAUCAACAUCUCUAUCCCGGAGAACACGCUCAUCAACAGUCGCUUCGCCAUCCCCUCCGCCACUGACCCCGACACGGGGCCCAACAGCGUCCACAAGUACGAGCUGGUGAACGGCCAGAGCGUCUUUGGCCUGGACAUUGUGGAGACGCCCGAGGGCGAGAAGUGGCCACAGCUCAUCGUGCAGCAGAACUUGGACCGUGAGCAGAAGGACACGUACGUGAUGAAGAUCAAGGUGGAGGACGGCGGAAGCCCUCAGAAGUCCAGCACCGCCAUCCUCCAGGUGACCGUCACUGACGUCAACGACAACAGACCCGUGUUCAAAGAGAGUCAGAUGGAGGCGCAUAUUCCCGAGAACUCCCCCAUCGGCACGUCCGUGGUCCAGCUCCAGGCUACAGACGCAGACGUGGGGGCUAACGCAGAGAUCAAAUACGUGUUUGGGACCCAGGUGUCUCCUGCCACUAAGAGACUCUUUGCAUUGAACUCCACCUCCGGCCUCAUCACCGUGCAGAGGCCUCUGGACAGGGAGGAGACGGCCAUACACAAGCUGUCUGUGCUGGCUAGCGACGGCAGCUCCAGUCCUGCCAGAGCCACCAUCACCAUCAACGUGACGGAUGUGAAUGACAAUCCACCCAAUGUGGACCUGAGGUAUAUUAUUAGCCCCAUCAAUGGCACGGUGUUCCUCUCUGAGAAGGAUCCUAUCAAUACUAAGAUUGCCUUGAUUACAGUGUCAGACAAGGACACUGACGUCAACGGCAAGGUCAUUUGUUUCAUCGAGAAAGACGUCCCCUUUCACCUCAAAGCGGUUUACGACAACCAGUAUCUGCUGGAGACCUCUGCAUUGCUUGACUAUGAGGGGACAAAAGAAUAUAAUUUUAAAAUUGUGGCUUCUGACUCAGGGAAGCCCAGCUUGAAUCAGACUGCCUUGGUUCGAGUGAGGCUCGAGGAUGAGAAUGACAACCCACCAAUUUUCACCCAGCCUGUUAUUGAGCUGUCUUUUUUGGAAAACAACAAACGGGAUCUUUUUCUCACUACCCUUAGCGCUACUGAUGAGGACAACGGGAAAAAUGCUGAGAUAGUCUAUCAACUGGGGCCCAAUGCCUCUUUCUUCGAUCUUGAUCGUAAAACAGGGGUCCUGACGGCAUCCAGGGUUUUCGACCGAGAGGAGCAGGAGAGGUACUUGUUUACAGUCACCGCUCGGGACAACGGGACCCCUCCCCUCCAGAGCCAGGCUGCCGUCAUCGUGACCAUAAUGGACGAGAACGACAACAACCCCAAAUUCACCCACAACCACUUUCAGUUCUUCGUGUCGGAGAACCUACCCAAAUACAGCACGGUGGGGGUGAUCACCGUGACAGAUUCGGACGCCGGGGAGAACGCGGCGGUUUCGCUCUCCAUCCUGAACGACAACGAGAACUUCAUCCUGGACCCUUACUCUGGCGUCAUCAAGUCCAACGUGUCCUUUGACAGGGAGCAGCAGAGCUCGUACACCUUCGACGUCAGGGCGGUGGACAGCGGCCGUCCGCCCUGUUCCUCCGCCGCCAAGGUCACCAUCAACGUCAUCGACGUCAACGACAACAUCCCCAUCGUGAUUUACCCUCCGUCCAACACCUCCUUCAAGCUGGUGCCCCUCUCCUCCAUUCCCGGGUCGGUGGUGGCAGAGGUGUUCGCCGUGGACGGAGACACGGGCAUGAACGCCGAGCUCAAGUACACCAUCGUCAGCGGCAACAACAAGGGGCUGUUCAGGAUCGACCCUGUGACCGGGAACAUCACCCUGGAGGAGAAGCCGGUCGUGUCGGACAUUGGUCUCCACAGGCUAGUAGUGAACAUCAGCGACCUGGGAUACCCCAAAUCUCUCCACACUCUGGUUCUGGUCUUCCUGUACGUGAAUGACACUGUGGGCAACGCCACGUUCAUCUACGAGCUCAUCCGACGCACCAUGGAGACCCCUCUGGACAGGAACAUAGGGGAGAGCAGCGAGACAUACCAGAGCGGGGACUACUUGACCAUAAUGAUCGCCAUGGUGGCGGGCGUCAUGGUGGUGGUGGUGGUCAUCUUCGUCACGGUGAUGCUGCGCUGCCGGCACGCCUCCCGCUUUAAGGCGGCGCAGAGAAAGAAGCAGGGCGCCGAGUGGAUGUCGCCCAACACGGAGAACAAGCAGAACAAGAAGAAGAAGCGGAAGAAAAGGAAGUCGCCCAAGAGCUCACUGCUCAACUUUGUCACCAUCGAGGAGAGCAAGCCCGACGACCCGGCCCACGAGCCCAUCAACGGCACCAUCAGCCUGCCUGCCGAGCUGGAAGAGCAGGGCAUGGGUCGCUUCGACUGGAACGCCACGCCCACCAGCACCUUCAAACCCAGCAGCCCAGACCUUGCCCGGCACUACAAGUCCGCCUCGCCGCAGUCUGCCUUCCACCUCAAGGCCGACACUCCGGUCUCCGUGAAGAAGCACCACGUGAUUCAGGAGCUCCCGUUGGACAAUACCUUCGUCGGGGGCUGUGACACCCUCUCCAAGAGAUCCUCCACCAGCUCAGACCACUUCAGUGCCUCAGAGUGCAGCUCACAAGGAGGGUUCAAGACGAAAGGGCCCAUGCACACCAGACAGCAGGGAACUCUAACCCGCGCGAGAACGGAACUCAACCCUGAGUACUUGGACCUGCGUUCACGGACUGAGCUGAAUCCUGAGUACUGGACGCCAUGCACUCCUCUAAUGGGCCCCUAGGGCCACGAGGCCUAGUGGAGGCUACGGAGAUGUGCACACAGGAAUGCCUGGUGCUGGGCCACUCAGACAACUGCUGGAUGCCUCCCACCCUCACCUCCUACCAGGCUAAAUCCCCUGUGUCCAGCUUCGCCUCCCCCAAAGAGUGGGGCCCCAAAGACAAACUCCUCAACGGUCACACCCUGACCCGGACCUGGAAAAACGACGGAGGGCGGGACCAGUUUGGGGACAGGAAGCAGUUCGGGAGUGGUGAGGGACACUUCAACAGCCCUGGUCACAUGGCUGACAUCCCAUUGGCCAGCCUGAAGUCCUAUCAGCCAACCACUGGGCCAGAAAGCCCCAAGGAGCAGCAGCUAUAGGAAGUGUCAUGGUUUGGCUCCACC